ACAUUUUCUGUUCAGUUAGAAAUCUUUCUCAUCCAGUUUUCUACUCAUGUUGAUGAAAAUCCGGCUUAUUCACCGCUCACAACAAACUGAAUCAGUGACCAUCGAGAAUCUCGAAACCUGACACUCUCAAAAUGGGCAUAACAACAAAAAAACAAGCCAUCAAAAUGGUCAACGACUUCGCCAACUCUCCUGCCCCCAUCAUCAACAACAACAGACGCGUGACCAUGGCCAGGGCAAUCGUUGAGUUGGCCAUCGACUCACUGAGGGAGCGUCCCAACCUCGACUGGCUCAGAGAUCUCGCCAUACAAGAGGUUGAACGUUCGCUGAAAGUGCAUGUCAUAGCUGGUAUGAGGGGAAAACACAAUCAGAAGGUUCUGCUUUGGCAUACGAUUGUGGAGGUGAUGGAUCACAAGAAACACCAGAUCCCCAAAAUUUAACGCGCGAGGCCGCGGUGUUGAGGUGGGAUGGAGGGUUGGAGUUUGGACUUUGGAGGUUGAAGCGGGGAGGGUUAAAGCUGUGGGCUGGAGAAGAUGGGGAAGAGCAAAGCAGAAGAAAAGCGAAACUGUUCCUGGGGAUGGAG